AUGAGUGGGAAACACUUAUUCCUCAUUUAUUUCAUAAUAUUUUCAUUCCUUUUUAUAAAUAUAUAUUGCGAAAAUAACAACGUUAAUGACAAUGAAAAUAAUAAUGAUAAAACUUUUAUAUUAAAUAGAAAUAAUACUCAUAGUAUUAACGAUAACACUACAAAUAAAAAUAAUAAUAAAAAUAAUAAUAAUAAAAAUAAUAAUAAUAAUAAAAAUAAUAAUAAUAAUGGUAAUAAUGAGGAUGAUAAUAGUUUAAAUAUAAAUAAUAAUGAGGGAAAACGUUAUAAACCCAAACCAACAAUAACUAUAACACCAAUACAACAUCAUACUCCUCAUCCACAUACACCACCACACCAUUCACGACCACCACAUUCACAACGACCACCACCAACUCGUCCACCAAAUACAUUUUACCCAAGACCAACUAAAAGCCCAUCAUUACCAAACGAAAGUAGUGAUCCAAAUAAAAAUAAUAAUAAUAAUAAUAAUAAUAAUAAUAAUACAAGUAGUAGCAGUAGUAGCAGUAGUAGUAGUAAUAAUAAUAAUACAGAUACAGGAGAUGUAAUACCAAUGGAUAGUGGUGAUAACUCAGAAUCAAUUGUAUAUGAUAAUUUAUUCUCAAAAUCAAUGAAACAAAUUUUAGGAAAUUCAAAAACUGAUCCAAUAACGGCUUAUGUAAAUUAUAAAUAUGAUUUAUUUUUAAAUAGAUAUAAUAUCAGUAGUGGUAAUGAUAAUAGUAAUAGUAAUAGUACAGAUUUUAAUAGUACAAAAAGUAAUGGUUUAGAAUAUUCUUCAUUUUUAAAAGAAUAUAUAGAAGAAAGAAAAAUCAAUUUUUUAAAUAAUAAUAAUAAUAAUAAUAAUAAUAAUAAUAAUAAUAAUAAUAAUAAUAAUAAUAAUAAUAAUAAUAAUAAUAAUAAUAAUAAUAAUAAAAAUAAGAAUUUUUUAUUUAAAACAUCAACAAAUAUAAAUAAUAAUAAUAAUAAUGAAAAAAUUAAAUUAAAAGAAAAUAAUUUAAAUUUAAAAAAUUUAACAAUAAUGAAUAAGAUUAUAACGAAUAGUAGUAUAGAAUCAAGUUCAAUUUAUAAUAGUAGUUUAAGUGAUUUUAGUAAGGUAAAGAAUUGUACACUUUUCAAUACGGAAUUGGUUAAUACUAUUAUUGAAAAUAGUGUAUUAGAUAAUUGUAUCAUUAGAAAAUGUAUCAUUAGGAACAGUGUUUUAAUCAAUCGAUCAAUGAUAACCAAUGACACGUUCAUUAGUAAUAGCACCAUUAUUGGUGAUAGUAAAUUUAAUAGUAGAGUUAAUAACGCCACCAUUACCAAUCAUUCAAUAAUAUUGAAUACUAAAAUCAGUAGAACUAUCAUUAAUGAAAAGUCAACUUUAAAAUCUUGUAAAAUUAUAUUUAGUAAUUUAAAAAAUAGUAUCUUUCAAAAUUCAGUGGUUUUCAAUAGUUUAAAUGCAAAUUGCACUUUUGAUAAUACAACUGUAAUUUUCGAUAAUUUCAAUGGUGGUUCAAAUGAUGGACAGUUUGGUAAUACAAACGAUACUGAUCACAACAACGAUUAUAAUGAAGAAGAGGAAGAUAAUUACCUUUUUGAUGACUAUACUGAUUGUUUCUCAUCUGUUGUUUCAAAUUAUUUCAAUAGAGAUAUAAUGCAUAAUAUUGAACAAGUUAAACAUAAUUUUAUAAUUGAUAAUAAUAAUAAUAAUGAUGAUGAUAAUAAUACUGAUCCAUUAUUUCCACCAUCAGAUUCAACAAAAACAAGAAAUUCAAAUUCUACAACAACGACAACAUCAACAACUUCAGCAUCAGAACCAACACCACCUCCACCUCCACCAAUUCCCCCAACAUCAACAUCAACAUCAACAUCAUCAACAUCAUCAACAUCAACAUCAUCAACAUUAUCAACAUCAACAUCAUCAACAUUAUCAACAUCAACAUCUACAUUAACAUCAUCAGAAACUAAUGAUUCAAAUCAAGGUCCAGGACCAUCAACACCACCACCAAAAUUACAAUGGAAAAAAUUAAAAAUUAAAGUUGAUUAUAGUUAUUUAACAAAAGGAUUUGAAAAAUCUUGUAAAGUUCAAGGUCAAAAGAUUAUUAUUGGUAAAGUUGAUCAAAGUAUACCAAUUGAAAAACAGAGAAAUUGUUCAAGUGAUAUUAAAUUAAAUUGUAAUUAUUAUUGUGGUAAAAGUGAUAUAUUGACAGAUGACCUCAUUGAUUUCAUAAAAUAUUCAGUUGUAACAGAUAUGGUUUCAAUUUUUCAAUCACUUUUAUCAGUUCAAUCUGGUCCAAAAUUAGAGAUUGAUAGAUUCAUUUGGGGUACAACUGGUGGACAAUGUACAGAGGGUAUUAAAAUCUCAAGAGAAUAUGUUGAUAAGGGUAUAGAUGAUUAUAAUUUCCUUUUGUAUAUAACAGCAAUACCAAUACCAUUAAGAAGUGCAUUUGCCUAUGGGUUGCCUUGUAAUUUCAAUUUAAAAAAUCCAUCUAAAAACAUUCGUGGUAGACCAUUGGUUGGUACGAUUAAUUUUCAACCAAAAUCAUUUCAAAGAUUAAUGAAAUGCUCAAAAGAUGUAAACGAUCAUGACUCUAGAAAACAAUAUAAUACAGCUAUAAAAAUUGCAAUGCAUGAGAUGGUGCAUGUACUUGGUUUCUCUCCAUUCUAUUUCAAUAGUUAUAUAGAUCAAAAUGGUAGAGCUCAUGCAAGUGUAAACGUUACUAAAAGUAUCGUUGGUGUUAAUCCAUCGAAAACCUCUGUCAAAAAUGUGGUUGCCGUAUUAAUUACACCUCAAUUAAACUAUGUAGUUAAUAAAUAUUACGGUUGUUCAAAUAAUGAUACAGGUAUUGAGUUGGAGAGUCAUUUAAAUCAAAACUUCCCACCCAAUAUGUUGGAUGCUCAUUUCUCAUCUCGUAUUGCCUAUGGUGAAUUAAUGACUUCUGCUCGUAAUCCUACAAUGUCACUCUCUGUUUUAACUUUGGCAUUACUUCAAGAUAUGGGUUGGUAUCGUGUUGAUACUUCAAUUCCACAAGAAUACUUUUGGGGUAAAAAUCAAGGUUGUCAAUUUCUAACAGGUAGAUGUGAACAACGUAAUCAAAACUAUGGUCAUCAUUGUGAUACUAAACCAUUGGGUUGUUCAGUGGAUCGUAGAUCAAUAAACAAUUGUAGUUACAAAGAUGUUGGUACCGUAUUGGAUCCUUACUAUCAACAUUUUUCAAAUGCUAGAUUCGGUGGUGAUCCUGAAAUGGAAUAUUGUACUGCCUAUACUUCUUCCAUGUCCAUCGAAUGUGCUACUGUUCUAUCAAAUGAAAGUAAUUCAAGAUGUUUUGAUUUCAAAUAUUCAAAUUCAAAUAACCAUUCUUUCCCUCAAUGUAUACCUCAACGUUGUUAUCAAAAUAUUUUACAAAUAUUUUAUAAUAAUACUUAUUUCAAUUGUCCAUUUGAUGGUGGUUCUUUAAAUCUUGGUAAUAAUUUAACUGUUUUUUGUCCAGAAUAUAAUUUCUUUUGUUCAAAUUUACUUUUACCUUCAAUGUUACAACAAGGAAGUGAUUCUGGAUCAACAAAUUUCCAAGAUUUUGAUCCACCAUUUUAUAAAAGACAUGCAUUUUGGAUACCACUAUCUUUAGCAAUUACUUUAACACUUGGUUUGAUAUUUUUAGUUGUUUUCUAUAGGAAAAAGUAUCCACCAAUUACAAAAACAUUGAAAAUGAAAUCUCCAAUUUCUGAAUUCAACAAUAUAAAUUCAAAUGAUAAAAGUUCUUUAAGGAUGAAAAAGUUUAGUAAAGUAAUAGAAGAUGAAACUGUUUAA